CGUUCACUCAUACUCCCCAAGAUUUUGAAUUGUGCAAGUGAUUUAUAAUUUUCCCGCCCCAAAUUUAGGGCUCAUACUCAUUCCACUAGGAUUGCUUGAAAGCCAUCUACAGCCAUGGACGCGAUUCCUUUAAGCUUUAGAACCCCAAUACGAGACGCCAUUUCCAGGAUCCGAUUCUCCCCGCAUUCCAACAAUCUCCUCAUUUCUUCCUGGGACUGCAAACUCCGUUUGUACGAUAUUCAACGCUCUGAGCUAAUACUAGAAUCGCCAGGGGAGGCUGCACUUCUGGAUUGUUGUUUUCAAAGUGAUUCUGUGGCUUUCAGUGCAGCUUCUGAUGGUUCUGUGCACAGGUAUGAUAUGCAUUCAGGACAUAAAUCUGCAAUAGGGAAUCAUGACCAUAUGGCAACUUUUGUUGAGUUUUCUCCUGAAACAUGUCAAUUAAUUACUGCUGGUUGGGAUAGGAACAUACUCUUCUGGGAUGCACGGUCGGCGAAAUCUGUUGGAUGCUUGAACAAUCUAACAUCAGAGGCAGAGUCUAUGACACUCUCUGACUCCAGUUUGAUGGUUGCUAUUGAUUCAUCUGUAAUCAUUUAUGAUCUUCGCACCCUUAGGAAACUGGUUCACCGAAAAGAUGUCCAAAUUAAAUGCGUCCGCUCUAUUCUUAGUUCUGAAGGGUUUGUGGUUGGCUCAGUGGAUGGACGUGUUGCUUUGGAGUAUAUCUGUGAAUCAGAUAUGGAUAAGGGAUAUGCAUUUCGAUGCUAUCCAAAGAGUACAGAUGGUAGACGUUAUGCCGUGGCAGUAAAUGACAUUGCAUUUAGUCCAUUAAGCAGUGGUUCAUUUGUAACUGGUGAUAAUGAGGGCUAUGUAAUAAUAUGGGAUGCUUGGCACAAGAAGCGACUGUUUGAGCUUCCAAGACACCCAAACAGCAUUGCUUCUUUGGCAUACAACCAUGAUGGUUUGCUUUUAGCAGUUGCAUCCAGUUACACUUACCAAGAAGCUAAGGAAAGUGAAGAGCCUCCACAGAUAUAUAUUCACAAAGUUAAAAACUCCGAGUCACCUUCCAUUUGAACGUCAUAUAUGGAAUGACUCUGAAGUAGGUGCCUAUAUUUCCUACUUGAAUAUCAUUUAUUACCUUUGAGGAAUCAAUCCAUUACUAUUACAGUAUAGGGUUGUUCACUGAGCAACUUUUUACAAAUUCCUCACUAUCUUGAGAACUUGUUUUUAGGAUCAAUUUCAGGAAUCUAUUGAGUAAGAUCCCCUAUAGAUUCCCAAAUCAUUCAAAUUACUAUGUUGCCCUGCAUUCCAUUAUGGCAGUUUGCAUUCAUUCCAGGUAUCAAUUUAAUCUUAUUCGGCUGCAUAUUUUCUUCAUUAUUCAACAGUGCACCUGAUCCCAAGAUGAAGUGGGAAUUGGUCACUAUGAUAAACUGGCAGGGUGUGAUUGCCUGUUAUCGAAAUCCACUUGUCCUUAGAGGAGCGCGCUAUCUGGAAAAUAUUCUGUCUCUUAGAAUAGUAUUUAUCAAAUGUAUUAACCUUGCAGGAGUUGUAGCUUCUUAGUUCGCUAAUUUAAUUGCUGAACAUUUUAAUGCCUAGACAUGUGGUGAAGCUCUUCUAUCAACUUCGAUAGUUUGAUACUCUGUAUUAUUCAACUUCAUUUUUUGAAAUGUAAAUGUUGUGAUAGUGUGAUACUUGAGUAAAACUUUAAAG